AUGCUUACUGUCAAUCUGUUGGCUGUCACUGGUGGCUGCCUUGUGGGAUUGUGUAAAGUAGCUGAGUUGGUUGAAAUACUGAUCCUGGCCUACUUGGUUAUUGGCCUCUUCUGCAGACUCUGCACAGGUUUUGUGCCCACAUACAUCGGAGAGAUCUCACCUGUUGCCCUGCAAGGUGUCUUUGGCACUCUCAACCAGCUGGGCAUUGUUGUUGGAAUUCUGGUGGCCCAGAUCUUUGAUCUGGAAUUCAUCCUGGGGUCUGAAGACCUAUGGCCUGUGCUAUUAGGCUUUCCCAUCUCUCCUGCUAUGCUACAAAGUGCAGCCCUUCCUUUUUGCCCUGAAAGUCCCAGAUUCUUGCUCAUUAACAGAAAAGAAGAGGAGAAUGCUAAGGAGAUCCUCCAGUGGUUGUGGGGCACCCAGAAUGUAUCCCAAGACAUCCAGGAGAUGAAAGAUGAGAGUGCAAGGAUGGCACAAGAAAAGCAAGUCACUGUGCUGGAGCUCUUUAGAGUAUCCAGCUACCAACAGCCCAUCAUCAUUUCCAUCAUGCUCCAGCUCUCUCAGCAGCUCUCUGGAAUCAAUGCUGUGUUCUGUUACUCAACAGGAAUCUUUAAGGGUGCAGGUGUUCAAGAGCCCAUCUGUGUCACCAUCGGUGCGGGUGUGGUUAAUACUAUCUUCACUAUAGUUUCCCUAUUUCUGGUGGAAAGGGCAGUAAGAAGGACUCUACAUAUGAUAGGCCUUGGAGGGAUGACUUUUUGUUCCAUCCUCAUGACUGUUUGUUUGUUAUUGAAGGCUGAGUGUAAUGGGAUAAGCUUUGUCUGUAUUGGGGCUAUCUUGGUCUUUGUGGUCUUCUUUGAAAUUGGGCCAGGCCCCAUUCCCUGGUUUAUUGUGGCUGAACUCUUCAGCCAGGGCCCUGGCCCAGCUGUGAUGGCAGUGGCCGGCUGCUCCAACUGGACCUCCAACUUCCUAGUCAGAUUGCUCUUCCCUUCUGCUGCUUACCAUUUAGGAGCCUACGUUUUUAUUAUCUUCACUGACUUCCUCAUUACCUUCUCGAUCUUUACCUUCUUCAAAGUCCCUGAGAUGUGUUACAGGACUUUCGAGGAUAUCACACAGGCCUUUGAGGGGCAGGCACACGAUGCAAAUAGAUCUGGAAGGACCGCGUCAUGGAGAUGAACAGUAUCCAGCCUGCUAAGGAGACCACCACCAAUGUCUAAAUCAUGCCUUCUUCCACCUCCCUCCCAGCAAGGGAAAGCCACCUCUCCCUGAACGAGGGAGAGACCUCAUAAUGAUGAACCCAGGGCUGCUUCUGAAUGCUGCUACUUGAUUCCUUUCUCCCUCAACAGGGCUGGAGCUUGUUGAAUUUUCAAUGGCUUUUAAAAUAUUGUAUUUCUUGGACAUCCUCUUCUGCCUAGGCGAGACCAAGUGAACCUACCUUCAUUUCAGGAGGGAUUGACCACUUGGGAUAUGACAACUUUGCCAGCUCUUCUCCCUUGGGUUCUAAUAUUGCCCUCUAGGGGAUAUAGGGGAGGAAAAGUAAGGUGCAGUUCCCCCAAACUCAGACUUACCAGGAAGCAGAUACACACACAGUGUGGGAAGGCAGACAGGGUUUAUGUAAGAGCACCUUCCUCACUUCCAUACAGCUGUACACAGCAAAUUAACUUGAGUUUUAUUUAUUUUUACUUUCUGGUUUAAUUACAUUUAUUUUUACCUUCUGGUUUAAUUUUUACCUUCUGGUUUAAUAUUAUGUUUUAAGUGUAAUUUUGCCAAAUAAUGAAAACAUAAGGAAAUUGAGUUUAAAAGGAGGUGUUUAAAAGAGGUUAUAGAGUAGAAGAUUUGAUGCUGGAGAGGUUAAGGUGCAACAAGAAGAAUUUAGGGAGAAAUGUAGUUAAUUAUUGGAGGGUAAAUUAUGUGGUGCCUGAGGUCUGCACAUUACCUCUUAACAAUUUCUGUCCUUCAGAUGGAAACUCUUAAGUUUAAUUUCUCAGAAAAGUCAUAUGCCUAUAUAAUAAAGCUACUGAUUUCUUUUGGAACUUUUUUCUUUAAAAUUACAGUUUAUAUGUAGUAUUACUUGAAGUCCAGGAUUGUUAACCAAGAUGGGGCAUUGUAGUUAAUGGCGGUUGAUGGGUUCUAAUUUUGGAUGGAGUCCAGGGCAGGGAAAGCUAUUUCUAGAAAGCCUGUUCCUUCUCACUGGACCAAACAACUCCUUCCCCUUGUAGUAGACUCAUUACUUUUUAAGUAACCCUACCACUCAUCUGGUGGGAGAGCCAUCCAAAUGAGAAACCUAAAAUAAUUGGUUCUUGGUAGAGGUUCGUUAUUUCUCCAUUUUGUUCUUUAGGAGAUUUUAGGUGUUGAUUUUUGUUUUACUUUGACGCAUACCUUUAAAGGAAUUCCAAAAAGAAUGUUUAUAGCUUACUUGGAAUUUGUAACCUCAGCUCUGGGAGAAGAUUUUUUUCUGAACGAUUAUUAUCUAACGUGUGUUGUUGCUUCAGGGUCACGGCAUGCUUGUCUAUGUCUGUUACCAUGACCACCGUGGUCCUGUGCCGAGUGCCCUUAGGGGGAGUGAAUCUUUCCAACAGGCCAUGUUUGAGAUAGUAUGAGUCAGUGUGCAGUGUAGCCCAUACUUGAGAGUAUGAAUGUAUGUGCACUGUCACUUUGCUCUGGGUGGAAGUAGGUUAUUGUUGACUUAUUUCCUCUGUGUUUGUUCCUACAGCCCCCUUUUUCAUAUGUUGCUCGAUCUCCCUUUCCCUUCCUGGUGCUUACACAUCUCAGACCCUUUAGCUGAACGCUUGCCAAUAACAGUAUUUUGGUUCUCGGUUCUCGCUGUUCCCUCUGGUUGUUGAGGCUUUGAAUAAAAAUGCACAUAGCUAUGCAGUGGGGUUUAGCUGGAAAAGGUGACCUACUUCCGACUUCACCUCUACUUCUGGCUCCUCAAACAGUGGGUGAACAGUAAGGCAGGGAAGUUGUUUUCUCAUUUCUCACUGACCAGAUUGUGAAUAUUUCCAUAUGGAUUUUCUAUUAUUAAUGUUACUCUGGUGAUUCUUUGUUUUAAGAUAAAAAUUCUGAAUGUACACAUGAAAAAAAAAGACAGAAAAUAUUAUCACUCCCAUUUUACAGAUUAAAAAACUGAGAUUUAAAGUAGUAAUGUACUACUCACAGCCACACAACUAGGAUGAAGCAGAGCUAAAACUCAGCUCUCAUUCACUGCCAAGCCUGUGGUCUUAGAGACAUAAGCCAGCAGGACUUGGUAUCAUUAAGGGACUGGGGAGAAUGGUUCCAUUCCCCCAAAUCCUCCCCCAAAGAACUUCCUCGUAUUUUAUAAUGGUCAUACCUUCAACCCUUUUACCUCCUACCUGGGCUGAUUGCAAUAAUCUGAAAGGGCCCUGUUUGAAGGGCAAUGGUAGUUACUGUGGAGAAGGGCUUCGAAGAAUAUAGAUGGUGGUGCCAAUUUACCUCCCGGACUGUGGCUGCUGCUGUGUGAUGUUGGGUUAAUGGUUAAUCUGCUCCUGUGUGAGUCAGCUAAUGCCCCUCCCAAAUCACGUAAUGCGUUAACUCAAUUAAAAGACACCUGCCCAACUAAUCUGAAUGUCAGACCUGAGUGUCAGCUCCCAUUUUACACUCUGUAAAAGGAAGGAGGAUUUUAACCUAACACUUGAAAUCUUCAAAGAAUACAAUUGAUCAUUUUCAGCCAACAGAAAGACUGCUUCCCUGGUAGUGUGUGUGUGUGUGUGUGUGUGUUAUUUAACUGAGUGUUGACAUCAACUCUGUAGAAUUGCACAUGUACAGAUAAGUAACUGGAAGCUUGGAAAGGUGAAGCCACUUGUUCAAGUUCAUGGAGUCAGUUUUCUUUUUACAACUCCAGGACACUAACUGUUGGGGUGGUUUGUUUAGUUUGCAUCCUAGUGGAUAACUGCUCUUCUUAGUGAUGAUGAAAAUUUGAAUAUCUCUAAAGGGGCAUUAUUAUCCUGGAGGUGUGAGACAGUGAAAAGAACAGGAGCUUUGAAGCUAGGUGUGCCCUGUUAAAACUUCAGUUCCUGCCGUGUAAUAGUGUAAACACUGGCAAAUCACCUAAUCUCACCUCAAAAGGUGAUUUUGAGAAUGAAAGCAGAUGGCUGGGAGGUAAGGGUACUUAAAUACACGUUAGUCCUUUCCAGGUCCUCAUUGCUGGAAUUUGAGUGGACAUCUCCAGCCAUCUCAAGCAAAUUGAUUAAAUACUCAGUGCAUUCUUAGAGAUAUUUUAAUUUAUUUUAAUUAAAACAAACACCUGCCAUGUGGCAUUUUUAGGAAAAUUUAGGGAAGGUCUUGUGAAACUAGGCAAAUCAUAAAGCUCCCACAGGUUGAGAUUCAACAGACCAAUCAGUGAGGCCCAUUUUACCCUGGAGGCACUGGGCCAGGUGCCACGAGCGUUCCAGGGGCGAAGGGAAAAGCCUGCAGUACUGGAACUGCAAAACAUCUGGUCAGGGAGAUAAAUCAUCAACAGAAGGAAAGACAAACAGCAAUAGAAGGCAUUAAAGGACACGUUUCCAAGGAGUGAUGUAGGCAAUAAAUACUGUGUGAAUUUAGGACAGAGAGAGAGAUCACUUAGAAAGUUCCAAAAAACCCUUCCUGAAUCAUUUCCUGUACUUUCUCCUUCUGUCCCUUCAUAGCCCUGUGGGUUUCUCUUAGAGUUACUGGGGCACUUAUCUCUAUGUAACAAGGUGGAGAAAAUAUUGCCAUUGUUUUACAGCUGGUGCCAGAUUUCUUCCUGAAAAUAGAAGCAUCUAGGCUUGGAAAAAAUCAGUUGGGAAAUUAGGUGUAAUAGAAUAAAUAGGUUGGAAAAUGCUUGAGGUAGAAAAUUGAUGUCCAACAAUGAUAGACUGGAUUAAGAAAAUGUGGCACAUAUACACCAUGGAAUAAUAUGCAGCCAUAAAAAAUGAUGAGUUCAUGUACUUUGUAGGGACAUGGAUGGAGCUGGAAACCAUCAUUCUCAGCAAACUAUCGCAAGGACAAAAAACCAAACACUGCAUGUUCUCACUCCAUAGGUGGGAAUUGAACAAUGAGAACACUUGGACACAGGAAGGGGAACAUCACACACCAGGGCCUGUUGUGGGGUAGGGGUAGGGGGGUGGGAUAGCAUUAGGAGGUAUACCUAAUGUAAAUGACGAGUUAAUGGGUGCAGCACACCAACAUGGCACACGUAUACAUAUGUAACAAACCUGCACGUUGUGCACAUGUACCCUAAAACUUAAAGU